CCUCUCCGCGGCCAGUGGGAAGCGGCUUUGGGGCCGGUUCCGCCGUGCGCCGUGCGCCCAGGGCGCACCGUGGAGAGAGGCGGCGGGGCGCGCGUCCUUGCAGCCGCCGCUGGGGGCGGACGAGCCGGGAAGCGAGGCAUGGCUGGGCCGGGCGCCGAGGAUCCCGCGCCGGAUCUUUACCGGGACACCUGGGUGCGGUACCUGGGCUACGCUAAUGAGGUGGGGGAGUCCUUCCGAGCUUUGGUGCCCGUCUCCGUGGUCUGGGCCACUUACGGCGUGGCAACAGCCUACGUGACAGCAGAUGCGGUGGACAAGGGUAAAAAAGCCGCCGCAGUCGCAAAGCCUCAGGAGGGAGGGAGGGCCACGCAGGCGGCCGUGGCCAUGGUGGACACAUUCAUCUGGCAAGCCUUGGCCUCCGUGGCCAUCCCGGGAUUCACCAUCAACCGCAUCUGCGCAGGGUCCCUCUACCUCAUGGGCAGCUUGACCCGCUGGCCACUCCCUAUUCGGAAGUGGACGACGACGGCCGUUGGGCUUACGGCCAUCCCUUUCAUCAUUAAGCCUAUCGACAGGUCCGUGGAUUUCUUGAUGGAUUCCAGCCUUCGCAAACUUUACAAAAGUGACAAGAAGCCGCCUUCGUUUUGAGAUGGCCGGUCCGGUGUUUAUAUAUAUCUACCUGCACUACCUCUCUUUCCAAGGUCUGAGACAGGGUGCCCAAAGGCCCACGCGCAUGCACUCCCUAGAGCUCCAGAAACCCAACCGCCAGCUGGCCAGACCCAUCAUGGGUCUGGGAUCCCCUUUGAAAUCGGUUCAAGAGUGGAUCGGGGCGGGAACAGAUCCGUUCGGUUGGGUUUUGGAGAAGGAGAGAAUCAAACAAGGGAUGAGAUUUCCCUGGAAAGUAUGUCCAUCUACCGGGGAGCAAAACGAAGAGCUGGAAGUUGAUUUCAGAUCUUGUUUCAAGAAACGGGUCUUUAUUUAAUUU